AGCGAAGGAGGCGGCUGAGGCGGUUGAGGCGGCUCCGGAGGUUCAGGGCUGGGAGUCAGUUCCUCCAGGUGCCAUGGGCCGGGCUGGCCCGCGCUGAGGGCGACGCAGGGCGCUGAAAGGGACGCGGGGCUGGGCCAUGGCCGGCGCUCGGGCCGCUGCCGCCGCCUCAGCGGGGUCCUCGGCUUCUUCAGGCACCCCACAGCCGCAGGAGCCGGGGCUCGGGGAGCUGCUGGAGGAGUUCUCCCGGACUCAGUACCGGGCCAAGGACUGCAGCGGGACGGGAGGCUCUAAGGUUGAGCGCAUUGAGAAGAGGUGUCUGGAGCUGUUUGGCCGAGACUACUGUUACAGCGUGAUCCAAAAUGUGAAUGGGGAUAUCUGCGGCCACUACCCCCAGCACAUCGUGUUCCUGGAGUAUGAGAGUUCUGAGAAGGAGAAAGACACGUUUCAGAGCACCGUUCAGGUGAGCAAGUUGCAGGACCUCGUCAACCGCAGCAAGACGGCCAGGUGCAGAGGACGGUUUGUCUGCCCAGUGAUCCUUUUCAAGGGCAAGCAUAUUUGCAGGUCGGCGACGCUGGCUGGAUGGGGGGAGCUGUAUGGACGCACUGGCUACAACUAUAUUUUCUCAGGGGGUGCAGACGACGCCUGGGCAGAUGCAGAGGAUGUCACGGAGGAGGACUGUGCGCUUCGAAGUUCCGACACGCAUCUUUUUGAUAAGGUCAGAGGGUAUGACAUCAAGCUGCUCCGGUACCUGUCAGUGAAAUACAUCUGUGACCUGAUGGUGGAGAACAAGAAGGUGAAGUUUGGCAUGAAUGUCACCUCCUCCGAGAAGGUGGACAAAGCCCAGCGCUAUGCCGACUUCACUCUCCUCUCCAUCCCGUAUCCAGGCUGUGAAUUUUUCAAGGAAUAUAAGGAUCGGGAUUACAUGGCUGAAGGGCUCAUUUUUAACUGGAAGCAGGACUACGUUGAUGCCCCUCUGAGCAUCCCCGACUUCCUGACUUGCUCUCUGAACAUUGACUGGAGCCAGUAUCAGAGUUGGGAUCUGGUGCAACAAACACAAAACUACCUGAAACUGCUGCUUUCCAUAAUUAACAGUGAUGAUGACAGCGGACUGCUGGUACACUGUAUCUCAGGCUGGGACCGGACGCCCCUCUUCAUCUCUCUCCUGCGCCUUUCCUUGUGGGCUGACGGGCUCAUCCACGCAUCCCUGAAGCCCGCUGAGAUCCUCUACCUAACGGUGGCCUACGACUGGUUCCUCUUCGGGCACAUGUUGGUAGAUCGACUCAGCAAAGGAGAGGAGAUUUUCUUCUUCUGCUUCAAUUUUUUGAAGCAUAUCAUCUCUGAGGAGUUCUCUGCUCUGAAGAUACAGAGGAGGAAGAGUUUGCCAGCCCGGGAUGCAGGCUUCACUGUGGAAGAUAUCUGCAUGCUGAGACGGAAGGAUCGUGGCAGCACCACCAGCCUUGGCAGUGACUUCUCUCUGGUCAUGGAGAGCUCCCCGGGAGCCGCCGGGAGCUUCACCUAUGAGACCGUGGAGCUGGUCCCUGCAGGAGCACAGACUCAGGCAGCUUGGAGGAAGAGCCACUCAUCCUCUCCACAGAGUGUGCUCUGGAACCGGCCGCAGCCCUCAGAGGACCGCCUGCCUUCCCACCAGGCGCUGGUGGAAGCCAAGUCCUCCAGCUCCUCGUCCUCGAACCAUUCUGACAACUUUUUCAGGCUGGGUAGCAGUCCCCUGGAGGUCCCCAAGCCCAGAUCAGUGGACCAUCCCCUGCCCGGAUCCUCUCUCUCCACAGACUUUGGCAGCUGGCAGAUGGUAACAGGCUGUGGCAGUAUUCAGGAACGGGCUGUCCUGCACACAGACUCCUCUCUCCCUUUCAGCUUCCCGGAUGAGCUCCCUAACAAUUGUCUGCUUACAGCCCUGAGUGAACGGGAGACUCGGCUCCAGGAGGUGCGCUCAGCCUUCUUGGCUGCCUACAGCAGCACAGUGGGGCUUCGGGCAGCAGCCCCCAGUCCCUCUGGUGCCAUCGGCCUGCUGGAGCAGUUUGUCCGUGGUGUUGGACUCCGGGGCACCAGCAGCAGCACCUUAUGAAGCAGCCAGCUCGUGACAGCUCCCUGCUCCUCUCUCACCUGAGCCCUAAGCGGAAUCAAAGCCAUGCCCAGCCAAGGGGUGCUUCAAGGUGGGGGGAAAUCUCCCCUUCUCCAUCAUGCACAUGGCAGCCCCAAGGCUGAGCAGGGCCAAGGACGGGGUUCUCCCCCACCCCAGCUUCCCGACUGGUGUCCGCCACCCUACUUGGCACUGCCUCCCACCCACCUUAGUCUUUGCCAGGAUUCCUGUCAACUCUCAGAACUAUGUGGGGUUUCCCUGGGGCCUUGUGGAGGCCGAGACCUCACAAAAGACCCCCACUUUCCAUUCUCGUCUCCUGGGGAGGAGGGGUCACCCGCACUGAGAAUGAGGCAGUGGCACCGAUCACAAAAUGAAAUCAAAGCCUUUUUGAACAGCUACUCUAUCGCAUUAUCAUUUGGCUCCUGUCUUUGUGGAGUUAUUUAGAAGGUUCUCCCUGUCCUUUUUGCUGGGGGGAGGGGUACAGAUGACGCAGGAAGGGAGCUGGAGACUUGGGUGUUCCCCUUAACUCCUGAGCCAUGAGCGUCUCCAGUGAGAUGGGGACAUGUAGUCACAGGCUGUUAAGGUGGGAGUCGUGGUCCUCAGGCCUGAG